AUGUCCGAGGCCGGUCUCAAAAAGCGGUUGGAAAGAUCGCGCAAAUACUUUGUACUAGUGGAGUGCUUUGGCCGAGAGGUCCUCGGUCUUGUGCCGCAAGUAUGCGUAACGCGCCUGGACAAGCUCAGCUUCGCAAGUAUCCGCCGAUACAUGGCCUUCGCAUCGGCUAGCAAUCUUGGGAUGACGGUGAUGACCAAUGGUCCUGGUCGCACUGGGCGCUUCCCCAGGGCUCAGAGAGAAGCCGAACGUCACAGAUCCGAAGGAGAGCGAGGGUCGCCUGCAGACAGCCUGUCUCCAGCAGAGUGA